AUGCAAAUAUUGGACACGGCACAGACCUCGACGAGCGGCAAUAAUGCCCAAUGCGUCAACAAGAGCGAACCUCCAACCGACCUCUCCAUUGCGGUGUGUGAAAGCGAAAAGCAACAUGCGACGGAGACGCGCCGACGGCCUCUUUGUCCGUGGCCGUCGUGA